AUAUUAAAUCAUUUUCUUUUUUAGUGUCAUAACCUAUUUUCUUUCUUGAGGACUGGCAGAUUUCAAUUUAUAAGCUAAGCUCCAGUGUAAUAUUUAUGCUGCGUUCAUUUUGCCUUUAAAUCUAAUGAGUAAAUUAAAUGUUGAUUCUUGCAUUCAAUAAAUAUAUGUUUCUUGUUAUAUUCAAGAUUUUCUGAAACUCAUUUAAACUAACCUCACUUUAUUAAUGAUAGGCUCAUUUACACUCCCUCUGGGUGUCAACUAUAUAUAACAUACUAACUGUUAGGAAGUGCAAGGCCUAGCCAGUUUUAAGUAUAUGCAUGGUUGAUUUAAAUAGAGAUGGAGAAUGGAGGUCGUAAAAAAACUUGGUCUGAACUCAAGCAAGUUGUGUUUGAAUUGCGUCGCCAACUUUCAACUUUGUCUACGAUUGUACCAAGUUCAGUUGAAUUUCGGAAUCUCAAGGAUGGCAGAACAAGGAUAUUCUUUCUUAGCUCACCUGGUAAUGGUUGGGAAACUACCCUUCUCUACACCGACAUUGUUUUGGAAGAACAAAAGAACGGCCGGUUACAGUGGCAUCCCGUUAUUGAGUCCAAUUUUCAGAGUGUGUCACUGGGUGCACGUUCCUCAAGAGAGGAGCAGCUGAUGUUGGAGCGGAAACGGCUGGCAACAUGGGGUAUCACCUCGUAUGAGCUGCAUCACGAGUCUGGGAAGCUGGUCUUCCCGGCGGCGAGUACUCUCUUUCAGUGCAUCGACACAGGCUACACGAAUGGACCUCUGUUCCCUGCCGAGCUCAGAAUGAACUCAAGUGGUCCCAAGCUCCUCCCGCAGAUAUGUCCCUCCAACCCUGACCUGGUAGCUUAUAUCUGCAAUGCUGACAUCUGGGUCUCCCACACCCUAACAGGUAGCACACAGAGACUGACAUAUGCUCACAAAGGUGGACGACCAUUGUCAGAUGACCCCCUGACAGCAGGCAUACCAUCAUAUGUGAUGCAGGAAGAAUUCAACCGUUACCAGGGAUACUGGUGGCAGCCAGACUCCCCAGAUGGAGUGUACAGGAUAUUAUAUGAAGAGACUGAUGAAAGCGAUGUCAAGAUCUACAGCUUUCCCUCCUCAAAUUCAAAUACUAGUGGAGAAAUAGAGCAAUACAGGUUUCCUCGAGCCGGGACACCCAAUUCUAAAUCUAACCUUAAGUUGCUGACAUUCCGGCUCAGUGACAGCCUGCAGAUCAAGGAUAUCCACAACCUGGAACUUCAAUACCCUCUCAGUCAUAUCUUCCCGUGGAUGGAGUAUAUGGUUCGAGUAGGCUGGGCACCCAACCUCUUUAAUGUCUGGGUGCAGCUGCUGGAUCGCCGACAACAAAGACUGGAACUAGUGCUGCUAUCUGUGGAUAACUUUGUGGAACCACCACCCAACAUGUACCACACGGAAAAUCACCUCAGUCCAAACUGUCCUCCUGUGCAGGUCAUCUCCGUGCAGACCACGGACGUUUGGAUUAAUGUAAGUCAUGCCAUUUUGAUCAGCUGGUUUAAAAGUGAUCUAAUACGUGUUCUAGUUUUAAAUGGAAGUCUUGUUUGUUGAAGCUUUUAUUUAAUC